CUGUCUGCAGUUUGUGGCACCGUUUCCUCAUUCCGAAGAAGCUAGGAAGAAGAAUCUAGAUUGGCUAGGCAGUCGGAAAAUGUGUCCUCUCAUGUAAGGAGCACGGUGCCUCCUCUCGCUUUCCUGCUUCCAGAUCAAGCAGUCGAGAUCAGGGAGUCACUUACUGCCGUCCUCAAUUUUCGGGGCUCGGCAGAAAGGGCGGAUCCGGGCCUGGGAUUGGCUGUUAUCGUCCGACUCCCCUUAAUGCUGUCCACUCCCUCUAGCCCGCAGGCGCCUGCGCAAUGGACUGGCCGUGGGGGGCGGGAAGCGCUUCUGGGCAGUGGAGCCCAUGUCGGCCUUGAGGCGUUCGGGCUACGGCCCCAGUGACGGUCCGUCUUACGGCCGCUACUAUGGGCCUGGGGGUGGAGAUGUGCCAGUGCACCUACCUCCACCCUUAUAUCCUCCCCUUCGUCCCGAACCUCCCCAGCCUCCCAUUUCGUGGCGGGUGCGCGGGGGCGGCCCUCCUGAGACCACCUGGCCGGGAGAAGGGGGAGGUGGAGAUGGCUACUAUCCCUCUGGGGGCGCCUGGCCGGAGCCGAGUCGAGCUGCAGGAAGCCACCAGGAGCAGCCACCAUAUCCUGGCUACAGUUCUAACUACUGGAAUUCUCCUGCACGACCUAGGGCCCCAUACCCAAGUACAUAUCCUAUAAGACCAGAUUUGCAAGGCCAGAGUUUGAAUUCUUUUACGAAUGGAGCAUAUGGUCCACCAUAUCCCCCUGGCCCUGGGGCAAAUACUGCCUCAUAUUCUGGGGCAUAUUACGCACCUGGCUAUACUCAGACCAGUUACUCCACAGAAGUUCCAAGCACUUAUCGUUCACCUGGCAACAGCCCAACCCCAGCCUCUCGUUGGAUGUAUCCCCAACAGGACUGUCAGACUGAAGCACCGCCUCUUAGGGGGCAGGUUCCAGGAUAUCCUGCUUCACAGAACCCUGGAAUGACCCUGCCCCAUUAUCCUUAUGGGGAUGGUAAUCGUAGCGUUCAGCAGUCAGGACCAACUGUACGACCACAAGAGGAUGCAUGGGCUGCUUCUCCUGGUGCUUAUGGGAUAGGCACCCGCUACCCUUGGCCUUCAGCAGCUCCCUCAGUACCACCUGGGAAUCUCUACAUGACUGAAACUACUUCAUCAUGGCCUAGCAGUGGCUCUCCUCAGCCACCUCCUUCACCACCACCCCAGCAGUCCAAGGAUUCCUCGUACCCCUAUAGCCAAGAUCAAGGCAUGAACCGGCACAACUUUCCUUGCAGUGUCCAUCAGUAUGAAUCCUCUGGGACAAUGAGCAAUGAUAAUUCAGACCUUUUGGAUUCCCAAGUCCAAUAUAGUGCUGAGCCUCAGCUGUAUGGUAAUGCCACCAAUGAGCAUCCUGGCAAUCAAGAUCAGAGUAAUAAUCUUCCUGAAGAGUGUUUAUCUUCAGAUGAAGGUACUCCUCCAAGUAUUAAAAAAAUCAUACACGUAUUGGAGAAGGUCCAGUAUCUUGAGCAAGAAGUAGAAGAGUUCGUAGGAAAAAAGACAGACAAAGCAUACUGGCUUCUGGAAGAAAUGCUAACAAAGGAACUUUUGGAACUGGAUUCUGUUGAAACUGGGGGCCAGGACUCUGUCCGGCAGGCCAGGAAAGAGGCUGUUUGUAAGAUCCAGGCCAUACUGGAAAAAUUAGAAAAAAAAGGAUUAUGAAAGGAUAUAGAACAAAGUGGAAGCCUGUUAAUAACUUGGCCAAAGAACUCUUGAUUUUGGUUAGUUAAUGUCUUUUUGAAAUGCCUGUUGAUGACAAGAAGCAAUACAUUCCAACUUUCCUUUGAUUUAAAACUCGAAAAGCUGGCAAAGGAAUGGAAGACCAUUUUAGUUAUGAGAUUUUUCAGUUCUCAGACGAAUGAAUGUAAUAGGAAACAAAUUACUAAUAUUGCCACGUGGACUCACUUCUUAAGAAAUUUGGGGACAUCUUUAAACUGCUUCUUAUCAGCAGGAGAGAAAUACAUUUCAUGUAACAGGCUAUCAGAAACCUACCAGAUGAGACUGGAUAUAAUCUCAAGAAAAACAGAUUUUGUUUUUGUAAACAUCUGGAUUACUUGUCAACAUUUUUGUACAUUGUGACUGUUUUCAGUGUACACACUUCAAAUGUGUAAAUUACAGCUUAGACUUUAGCCUUCUUGGAUCUCUGUUUUGUUUUGUUAUUUGCAGUUCACAAAUAUAGUAUUAUUCUCUACUUCUUGGUAUAUUUUGUAGUAAUAUGUUUAAUAUAAUUAUUCAAAAGACUAUUGACAGCCAGAUAGUAUGGCAGUUCUGACUGGAUUUGUCUUUUCAUCACUUAAAUAUAUUGCAAUGUGAAUGAGUUCUUGAGGUAAUAAACUAUCCCAUUUUUGUAUAGCA